GUUAACUUUGCGGUUUACUUCCUCUUGCGUCGGUUGUCGGUUUACAACCCAGACCAGGAUUUUCUCCAACCAAAUCUGAAUGAUGUCAAAGAUGCUGGGACAGUUACAUAUUUUUAUGGAAGCCGUGCCGACAAAGGCAUUAGAACGGCCCCGGCCGCCAUAUGUGAGGUUUAUAUCCGUGGCGAGUUGACAAAGUCGGUGUGAUUCCGCUUCUUUACAAAAACUUGCCUAUGUGUGACUCGUAACUUUCCUUCGAAAUAAAUUUUUAUUAGGAAUUUUGAUAUUCGAAGGUUACUUGCUGUUUGCUGUUUAGAAAUAUUCUACUACUGUUAAAAAACAUGGCAGACCUUAAAGUCGAUAAACCCCAAGAUCCCGAACAGAGGAGAUCUGAUAGUAUGCAGACCACUAGCUCUAGCUCUUCGUCGACUCUAUCAUCUAACAUGGACUCGAUAUUUUCGAGGGCGUGGUGUCAUAUGAUGGAGCCUGUUCGUCCUUCCGGGUUUGCGGAGUUCGAAUUACUUAUUCUGACGUUUUGUACGGGCAUGCAAGAUGCCAUCUCUUUCCCCGAUUUCCACUGCUUCGCGUCGAAUCAGACGGGAAACACAGUUUUCCUCAUGCUGGCCAUCAUAUUGCCCUAUCUCAACGGUGAGACGUUCAUUACGGCAAAUAUCGGGGCAGCGCUGGGUUUCUUCCUCUUGGGCGGAUGGGCGACGGGCCAGAUCAGCCACCUCGUCGGACCGCGACUAAGACUAUGGCUUGUCUGCUGCAACUUUACCCAGUCGUGCUUAGUAUUCGGCGCGGCGGCUAUGCAGUACCGACACGGAGUAGUGUUAAAGGGAGGCGACGCAGUGAUCGCUAUAGGACUUCUGGCGUUUGCUUCUGGUAGCCAGGUUGUGCAGUCGCGAUCCCUCCAGAUGACGGAAAUAAGCACGUCGAUGGCCACGGCAGCGUGGAUCGAUCUGCUAAUUGAUCCCAAACUCUUCCAGCUAAAUAAUCGGCCACGUACAAGGCGUGCUAUGUUUCUUGCGACGCUUGUUCUCGGGUCACUUGCGGGUGCGGGUAUCUACCGAUCUGCUGGUUCUUGGGUAGCCAUCCUGAUAUCGGCUGCUGGAAAGAUGCUUGUGACGAUCAUGUAUCUAUUCAACGGCACCGAGAAACCAAAGACGACGUCUGGCCAGGAUGCUUGUUAAGUGGAUUCAAUUUCUAUGUAGGUAGACAUAUCACGUUGGAUACUAAAGAGCGAAUAUGCAAAGAUGGGUAGUAGGUAAUAUUUAAUUUUAAUAUGUUUAAUAGAGUUUAUGAUCAUUAACCGUCAAUUUUAUGAGUUAUGGACGAAGUGAUGACUUGUAACUUAGUAAUGAGACGGCAUAAAAAAUGAUAUAGGGCAUAAUAAAUAAGAUAGAAGUAGCGACGAGGUUUAUGUACCUAUUUUAACUUAUUGAAUGUUUACC